AUGCGAUUCACUUUCCUCGUCACUGCCCUUGCUGUUUGCACUGGUGUCUUUGCCAACCCUGAAACCCAGCAUGCUGAGGCCCAGGCGACUACUCAAGCUGGCCAGACUGCUCAGUUAGCACAAACCGCCGAGAACUGGCGUCGCCCGUACCCAGGUUUUUACAACUACCCACCUCACCCUGUAUACGCACCUUAUCCAGGAUACACACCCUACCCCCAAUACGGGCCUCGCCCCGGAGGCUACUACGGGCGCAACCCGUAUCCCCAACACUUCUGGUAA